UCUACCUAACCUACGGUUUGCGGGGAAGGAACCCAAUGAUUGGCGGAAUGGCCGGGCCGCAAUAGCCGCAGAGGAGAACCGUUCCUGCAAUACAUCCACUGACUAGAACUUACAUCAUGGAUUCAUUCAUUCAUCCCUCCGACACUAGCAGUAUUUCUCCCGACUGAACUCAUCUCCCGUCAUGACCCAUUCUCGUCAUCUUGCGACAGUCUUGUCGCGGUCCUAUCCCUGGGUAACUGCCCCCUUCCUGGUCAGCGCUCCGAUGCGCGUGAUGGCCGGCCCAGCGUUGGCCGUCAGCGUCUCACAGGCUGGCGGCCUCGGCUUUCUGGGGCCUGGAGUGAAGACCCAGGAUUUGCUGGCUGAUUUGCAAGACACCUCCGAUCGCAUCAAAGCACUGCCGCAGCGAGUUUCUUUUUCUGAACGCUCUCUCCUGCCUGUCGGGGUCGGGUUUCAGCUGUGGAGCGAUGACCUGGACAUUGCGAUUACGGCGAUAGAGCGAUUCAAGCCCUGUGCCGCAUGGCUCUACGCCCCGCGCGAGGGUCCCGGGGAAUACGAUGUGUGGUCGCGUCGGAUUCGCACAGUAUCGGCCCAAACCCAGAUCUGGAUUCAAAUUGGGACUCUGGCCGAGGCAAGGGAGCUACUGCACAGUCAGGAGUUGCCCGACGUGAUUGUGGUACAGGGAGCAGAGGCUGGAGGUCACGGUCGGGCCCACGACGGGCUGGGAUUAAUCACUCUUCUCCCCGAAGUCGCUGAUCUGGUGGCCGGCCGAGUGCCCCUGUUUGCUGCAGGAGGCAUUGCGGACGGGCGCGGUGCUGCAGCUGCGCUCUGUCUAGGAGCAUCGGGGGUGGUGAUGGGCACGCGAUUCCUGGCGUCGGAGGAAGCCCGCAUCAGUGGCGGAUACCAGCAGGAAAUCAUACGGGCCAGCGACGGGGCAGCCUCCACCACCAGGACUCUACUGUACAACCACUUACGUGGUACCAUGGGCUGGCCAUCGCAUUACAGCCCCCGAACCAUCACCAACCGGUCCUUUGUUGAACAUCAACAGGGGCGACCGUUUGCCGAGCUCAAGGCACUCCACGACGAAGCCCUCAAAGCGGGCGAUCAAGGCUGGGGACCAGCUGGUCGGUUGGCCACCUAUGCUGGAGCGUCUAUCGGCUUGAUCCAUGAGGUCAAAAGUGCGGCCACCACUGUUCGGGAGAUCCAGGAAGAGGUGCGAGCGAAGCUACCUAGCUUGUAGUGUUACACAAGUCAAUUCUUAGUGAUAAUCAAUCCUAAUCAACAAUCAUCCAUCCAUCCAUCUAUCCAUCCACUCACUCCUGCGAUGCAAACACUGCAAUGCAAACACGGGGAAUACGGGAGGUGAUGACGUCACUAUCUGUCACUCAUGCUUUCAUUCUACUUUGGUCAGCAAUUCAUUCAUUCAUUCAUUCAUU